AUGGCCCCCUCUUUAGUGAGAUUAUAUGAGCAAAUACCUGAACCAAAAUAUGUUAUUGCUAUGGGAGCCUGUACAAUUACAGGCGGGAUGUUCAGUACCGAUUCUUAUAGUACUGUUCCCAAGGUUCAACGAAUGAAUGAAGCUAUGAUCGACGUGAUUCCCACCCGUGAAUCACUUCACGAAGGAGCCUAUGGUUCAAGAGUGGUUAUUGAGUUCUUCAAUUCAGAGCAAUGCUUCGAAUUCCAAGGCAACAGGUACGAAGCGGUUGAUGAACAAAGCAUAGGAGAUGCGGGCUUUGCAAAUGGAUUUGCCGCGAAUAAAGCACCCACAGAAAUGGGUGUAGUCGGAGCAAUUGACUUACCUAGAGAUGGGGAAUGCGGUGUUUCAAAUCACCCAUCUUAUGCUCCUUAUUUAACAAACGAAAAACUUAUUUGGAGGCCAAGCAGUUAA